AUGUCGUCCCUUCCCAUCCCAUCCAUAGACCGGCCCUUCGGUAUCCACCUUUGGCCAAUCUUCUCGAAGGUUUUCGAAUUGGUCGUAGGCUAUCCGGCCGAAGAGUUCGAGUUCGUGCACGGAAAGACACCUGUCUCGACUCUUCCUAAUGCCUUGGCGAUCAUCACCGUCUACUACAUCGUCAUUUUCGGCGGUAAGGCCAUUAUGGCCGAUCGAAAGCCAUUACGAUUGAAUGCCCUCUUCCAGAUCCACAAUGUCUUCUUGACGUUUCUUUCUGGUUCGCUUUUGGUUUUGGCAAUGGAGCAGCUGAUUCCAAUCUUGCUUCGUCACGGAUUGUUCUAUGGUAUCUGCAAUAUCAACUCCUACACCCCGAAAUUGGUUGUUAUUUAUUACUUGAACUAUUUGACCAAAUAUUUCGAGCUCCUUGAUACCGUCUUCCUGUUCUUGAAGAAAAAGCCAUUGACCUUCCUCCACACCUACCACCACGGUGCUACCGCGUUGUUGUGCUAUACUCAGCUCGUCGGAACAACCUCUGUUCAAUGGGUCCCGAUCACUAUCAACUUGUUCGUCCAUGUUGUUAUGUACUGGUACUACUUCCUCUCUGCCCGUGGCAUCCGUGUCUGGUGGAAGGAAUGGAUUACCAGACUCCAGAUUGCUCAGUUCAUUAUUGACCUUGUCUUCGUCUACUUCGCUUCUUACACCUACUUCACAUCCACCUACUUCAGGUGGAUGCCCAGUGCUGGCGAAUGCGCCGGUGAGGAAUUCGCUGCUAUCGCUGGCAUGGGUAUCUUGUCUUCCUACUUGGUCCUUUUCAUCUCCUUCUACUUGGCUACCUACAAGAAGUCUGGAAAGCGAGCUGCUCGCAAGUCUAUCUCGAACGGAACCAUCAGUCUCGAUCCUAAGUUCUCCGAUGCUGCUUUGGAAAACGUCGUCAAGACUCCAACCACCCUUAAGCCUAGCCAGAACGCCCUCUCUACCACUUACGAUGGAGCCGGAAACGGAGAGCUCCGUGCUCGUGCUCCAAGCCCAGGUGGUCCAGUCACCCGUUCCAGGAAGGCCUAA